UAUAUAUAUAUAUAUAGACACACUUCUUUCUGCUCUCAACUUGCUACUGUAAAUGGUGCAAUUUCCCCAUCACGAGACUAAUAAAGGUUUAUCUCAUUUUGAAAACGUAUUCCGGUCCUCACUAUGUGGGAAGUACACACACACACACACACUGAUGUGAUCUGUAUCUGAAUGCUCUGUCUGCUCUAUGUACAAAAUAAAUAAAGUCUAGAUCCAUGGUGGAACCUGUCGGCGGUGCCCGCAGGUCUGUGUCACCGCCCUGCUCUCUCUCUCUCUCCCCCUCUGUCGUCCUUUACAGCCGAAGAGCAUUUCAUCUCGAACAAACCUAAUUUAUGCAAGUAACCCUAAAAUCUCGCGGUGCUACCAUUCAGACAUCUUGCAUUUUAUUAAAUCUGGUCCCGGAGAACUAUUCAUCAGAUAUAUGUACACUACACAGGCAUAUACUCCGUGUGUUUUUGUGGUUUGAACCACUUUAGUUUUGCUGUCGUUAACUGAUGUGAAGGGUCGGACCGAGCCUCGCGUGCCAUCCCUCAGAGCUCCACGGUGUCUCGGGGGCUUUCAGCCGUAUUGUGCGUCAUCUCCAUCGCUGCCGUUUUGUUAUUUUUCUCCAUUGAAGAAACAUGGCGACUCCCGCCGCCGUCAACCCAUCCGAGAUGGGCAGUGAGUUGCCAGGGACAGUAGCCAUGUCGGGGGCAGUUGGAGCUGGUCAGGUGAGGAUGGGAGGAGCUGUGCCAGGCCGUGGGGGCAAGAGGAGAUCAGGAGGAAUGGACUUUGACGACGAAGACGGAGAGGGACCCAGCAAAUUUUCAAGGGAGAAUCACAGUGAGAUUGAGCGACGCAGACGCAACAAAAUGACGCAAUACAUCACCGAGCUGUCAGAUAUGGUUCCUACCUGCAGCGCCCUGGCCCGGAAACCUGAUAAACUGACCAUCCUGCGUAUGGCUGUCUCCCAUAUGAAAUCCAUGAGAGGCACGGGCAACACGUCCACCGAUGGUGCCUAUAAGCCCUCCUUUCUCACUGAACAGGAACUGAAGCAUCUGAUCUUGGAGGCUGCAGAUGGCUUCCUGUUUGUGGUCGCUGCAGAGACGGGACGGGUGAUCUACGUGUCAGACUCUGUGACGCCGGUGCUGAACCAUCCCCAGUCCGAGUGGUUUGGCAGCACUCUGUAUGAACAGGUCCACCCUGACGACGUGGACAAGCUGAGGGAACAGCUCAGUACUUCAGAUAAUUCCAUGACAGGUAGAGGACGGAUUCUGGACUUGAAGACCGGGACAGUGAAGAAGGAGGGACAGCAGUCCUCCAUGAGGAUGUGCAUGGGCUCCCGGCGGUCCUUUAUCUGCCGCAUGAGGUGCGGUAGCGCUCCUCUGGAUCACAUCUCACUAAACCGUCUGUCUAACAUGAGGAAAAGAUACAGGAAUGGCCUUGGACCCUCAAAAGAAGGAGAGGCUCAAUACUCUGUGGUGCAUUGCACUGGCUACAUCAAAGCCUGGCCCCCUGCAGGUAUGACUAUACCAGAAGAAGACACAGAGGCAGGUCAAACUGGAAAAUACUGCCUAGUGGCCAUUGGAAGACUGCAGGUUACCAGCUCUCCAGUGUCUAUGGAUAUGAAUGGCCUGUCAGUGCCCACAGAGUUCCUGUCCCGUCAUAACUCGGAUGGUGUCAUCACCUUCGUCGACCCACGCUGCAUCAAUGUCAUAGGUUAUCAGCCUCAGGACUUGCUGGGGAAAGAUAUCAUGGAGUUCUGCCAUCCUGAGGACCAGAGUCACCUGAGAGAAAGUUUCCAGCAGGUGGUGAAGCUGAAGGGUCAGGUAUUGUCUGUGAUGUAUCGUUUCCGAAUGAAAAACAGGGAAUGGAUGCUGAUUCGAACCAGCAGCUUCACAUUCCAGAACCCAUACUCUGAUGAGAUAGAGUACAUCAUCUGCACCAACACCAAUGUCAAGCAGCUUCAGCAGCAGCAGCAACAAGCAGAGCUGGAGGUUCACCAGAGAGAUGGACUGACUGCAUAUGAUCUUUCCCAGGUGCCUGUAGGCAGCGUCAGCAGUGGAGUCCAUGAGGCAGGGAAGAACAUCGACAAGACAGAAGUCCUCUUCUCCCAGGAGAGAGACCCACGCUUUGCUGAGAUGUAUACUGGCAUCUCUGGCACAGGAGAUAAGAAGAUGAUGGUACCCUCCUCUACAGCUGGAGGACAGCAGCUCUACUCACAGAGCUCUCCUUUCCAGCAGGGACACUCUGGCAAAAGCUUCAGUUCCUCUGUGAUCCAUGUCCCUGGUGUGAACGAUAUCCAGCCAACAGGCUCGUCCAGUCAGAACCUAGCUCAGAUCUCCAGACAGCUCAAUCCAGGCCAGGUGUCAUGGUCAGGCAACCGACCUCCCUUCUCUGGACAGUCCAGCAAAGCUCAGUCCAGUCCAUUUGGUAUUGGUUCUGGCCACAGCUACCAGACGGACCCAGGCUCCUACAGUCCCCUGUCGUCCCCAGCCACGUCCUCGCCCAGUGGCAAUGCCUACUCAGGACUGACAAACCGAAGCACAGCUUUUGAUGUGUCGGGGGAGAGCAGUCAGAGUGGAGCCCAGUUCCAGGGUCGUCCCAGUGAGGUCUGGUCCCAGUGGCAGAACCAGCAUCACUCCCAGCAGGCCGGGGAACAGCACACACACCCCAACCCCAGCCAGACAGAAGUAUUCCAGGACAUGCUCCCCCUGGCUGGAGAUCCUACCCAGGGAACAGCCAACUACAACAUUGAGGACUUUGCUGACCUUGGCAUGUUCCCACCCUUCUCUGAGUAACAUCUCCAUCUUUCUCCCUCUCAGAACUGCACUGAUGUUUGCGUUUAUCUGUAAUGUCUCAUUUUUCUAUACAGCUGGAUCACCAACAUGCAGCUGAUGUGCAGCACAGUGAAUGUCUGGGUGCACUUGCCAUUUGUACACAAACACACACACAGUUGACCAUUUGUUGGGCUCCAAGGCCUGCAAGAUGUAUCCGUAAACAUACACAUACCUCAUCUUUUCAAAGAGGAGAGAGACAUUUUCUCGAGUCAACUUUAAACAAAAAUGUGUAGUCCGUGUUAUUCAGUUUGCUAAAUCUGUUCGGUCCCCUGCAGUCAGCGUCAGCACGACCAGAGGAGACCAGUCAAGUAUUUUUCACUGGCUAGCAUCAGUACUAUUGUCCAGGAUUUUAUAUUUCCUUUAUUUCCACCAAAAAUGUCUACAUUACAUAAUAUUUGUCAGUGGGUUAUGUCUGCAAGCAUUUACGCAGAUGACCAAAAUUUAUGAGCGUGCAGAUAUGCACAUAUGCUACACCCAAUUAUGUACAGAACUGCAUGCAUGUCUGCUUCUGUCUGCGUCCACAUCUCUUUUGGAGGAUUUAGUUCAUGGAGUUUUGUUUUCAGGAUGAAAUGACAACAAAAAACUGAGGAAAAACAUUAACUUAAGUCACACAGAAAUACACAGGGGGGAUUUUCUUUACCUUCACCUUUUAACAGCAUUAACAAAAUGAGUGCAGUCCAUGUCAUCAGUGACAUCUAUAGAAUUAGUCCCUCAACAAGGUUGAUACAGAGUGCCAUCUGAAGGUUCCAGCCCAAAUGUCUCUGCCAGCACCCUGUCUUAUUUUUUUCAACUUGUUUCAUGCAGACCUCUUGAUAUUAUUUUAGCUAAUGUCGGACAGCUGAGCCACGUUAUUCUAAAUAUGAAUUGAAUAACUAAACACGAAAUAUGUCAUUAGAUAAUUUAACAUUUCAGUCUUAGUAAUAGUGUUGAUGUAAAGCUGACACUGAGCUUUACUCCAGACUACUUUUUACAUUUCAUUAAACUGUAAAACGACCCAGUAAGAGCACGGUAAUUAAUCAUUACUUACCUGUUGAGGAAUUUUAGCCUGCACUUCUGCAUAAAAAUUGCAAAACAGACGUACUUUGUGUACAUUGAAAGUAGCUUUUUUAAAAGAUGUCGGGCCUAUCAUACAGUGCAGCUCAACUGUCAUUGCUAGUUUCAGACAGAUGCAGAUUGCUGCUCAAAUGUCCAGUGAUAUUUGCUGCAUGGACUUGUUUUCAAUCAUUGAAAUUAGUCUCUGUAAUCCUUAUAGUAUAUCGUUAAGGAAACACUCGUUCUUUAAUACAACACAUUAUUUAAAAAGCUACACAACCUACAGGGACUGGUGGGGCUGUAAUAUCCAUGUAAAUAAGAAAAUUCAUUAGGGUGAGAGGCGAUCAGCGGUUAAGUGCUAUUUCUUCUCAGUUGAAUAGGUUAUCAGUGCAUUUGCUCAUAUGCAGUCAAAUGGAGUUGUUGAGGGGACAGAGGACUGGGAGACAUCAGAGACAGAUGGUCCAUUUGUUUCUCCACUUUGCUGAAUUCACCAUGUAAAUAAAUAGCAGAGCACCAGGUGCAGGCUACCUGGCUUUUAGAGGUAAUGACAGAUGACACUCUGACUGGUUUAAUUCAUAUUUCUCCAAAAAAGACAACUAUGAAUAAAUAAGAGACUAAAUACCACCCUUUUGACCCUUAUGCCUUACUUACACGCCCAGAGUGUGUACCAUGUAAUUGCUGUUAGUUGACCAUGCACUGUAGAUUGUCACAAUAAGACUUGUUGAAAGAAGAGGUGAACCUCGACAUAUUUAGAGCUAAAAGUAGAUAUAAGCAGCACAUCAUCACAUGUUGUUGUAGGUCUAAUCACAGUCUCAGCAGUCCCAUACACUGACAGCUACAGUUAAUAUGUGUGCAUCGCUUCUCCAUUUACUCCCAAGCAUGAUUAUAUUUAAGUGUGAGCACACAGCUUAAUAUAUGGUCACCCAGUUCAUCCAGCAAUGUGGCAAUGACAUGCUUGGGUCAUGCAUUUGGUACCUCUGUCAGUGGCUGAGUGGCUGUCCCAGCUCAUAAUGUGACACAGAGACUGCUUACGUGUUAUUAGGGGAUACAACUAGUCGUCCAAUUAAGGACAGAACAAGUUUGUUUUUUGUUCAUACGAACUUAAGGAUGGCAACAGUCAUGCUUGUUGACAAGCAUUCAUGAAUAAUAAUAUCAGUGCACAUCAUUUUACAGUGACAUGUACAGUCUGUUAAACCCUUUGAGGCAAAUCUGGGAUUUGUAAUUCUGGGCUAUAUAAAUAAAAUUGACAUAACAGACCAAAAUGAAUUAAUUAAUUAUGAGUCAGAAACAAAGGGAAUCUGUGUAUCAUUCAUUCUUUCCAUUUUCAAUUGGCAAUCAAAAACCAGAUAAUGAAAAACUGAUUGGUUAUUUUGUCAUUGGUUUUUUAUUGUAACACAAAACGAAAAAAAAAUCUUUUUUUUUCAUAUUUCAAUGUUAGGCUCAGAUCAAAAAUACAAAAUGGAAAAACUGGCGCCAGGACUGAAUUUGAAUAUCAUGCGAUUAAUCUUCUUUCCAUAUUUAUCUGGUUUUUGGCCUGGUUGUGUAACACUUUAUUCCGAAAACUGAAAACCGCACGUCGACACAACAAAUACAUUUUCGGAGCGGCGCAAUUUAAUUAUUCACGUGGUGUGUUCAUGUUAAGUAAGAGAUUUAUAUUGAAAAAAAAAGUGAGAAAGAAUGACAGUAAAUUGUUCCUCAUUCAUGUCAGCUGGCUCUGAGCAGCCUCAAAGAAUUUACCAUAAAUAUCACAAUACAGGCGCACUAAUACGGGCGCACUACAUUAUAUAGUUACCAUAAAUAUCACAAUACGGGCGCACUACAUUAUAUAGUUACCAUAAAUAUCACAAUAAGGGCGCACUACAUUAUAUAGUUACCAUAAAUAUCACAAUACGGGCUCACUACAUUAUACAGUUACCAUAAAUAUCACAUUACAGGCGCACUACAUUAUAUAGUUACCAUAAGUGACAGCUGGUUUGACUACGGAGAAGAGAAUGACGGCUCACUUGAUCGCAGUCAAACUUCCGGGUCACGUAAACCCUACCAAUUAAAUAUUCAAAUCAAUUUCAGCCCUGGUGCCCAUUUUUCCAUUUCAUAUUUUUGAUCUGAGUCUAAUAUUGAAAUGUGUAAAAACAAGCAUUUUUUUUGCUUUUUAUGUUAAAACAAAUAACAAAAUAAGCAGUCAAUUUUUCAUUAUUUGAUUUUUGAUUGCCAAUUGAAAUUGGAAAGAACAAAUUAAACGGAUUAAAGGGUAUGCACAUUCAUGCAUUUUGUCCCUGUUGUCCUGUCCUCAUCUGGUACUCCUACAGUGGUAGAGCGUGAGUCAACAGCAGUGUUGAUGUACAUGCUGGUACGAACACCAUAUGGUCCCAGUUCAACACAGUAACAUUUCUGUGAGUGUUUAAGAUGUGCACUUCCAUCUGCCUGGUGCAGCCUCGUUCACACCACUGCUGCCAACAGGACAGCAGCAGCUUUUCACCUCCACCUCCUGCUGUCCUCACUCACUCCAACCUUAUUGUGGAACUAUAUGGUGAUAUCAGAACUCUAGCGAAAAACCUGAUCUGAGUAUAGAAAAAUUCAAGGUAUAAAUUAUAAUCUGAAAAAAAGGAAGAAAAAAAACCUCAUUGCAGACAGAUGCUAAGCUAAGGCUAAAAGUGCACUUCAUGAAGCUAACUGCUAGUCUCACCAGCCUUCUUUAAAAGGAAAACCCACCAUACCAUCCAAGCAGAGCGCAGUAUUUACUAGUGUAUUUGGUGUUCUUCAGCUCUGGCUACUUGACUUUAUUACUUUAUAAGUUUUUCAACUAUAAAGACACUGAAUAAUACUUUGGAGCAGGGGAGCUUUUACAGGAUAGAUUGUAUAAUGUCUCUGGCGGACAGAUGGGAGAACCUUGAACAGACAUCAGUCCUUUUGCUAAAAUUCUCAAAUUGAUGUUCUCUUUUUCUUUUUUGUAAAUAAUGUGAUUUUUAUGUCAACUCGUGUUACUUUCACACAGUACAUGUUUUUUGUGUAGGUUUUAAUGAUAUUGUGUGCAACGUGAGUACGUUUUUAACUAUUGGUAUUUAUUUAGUAUAUUAAUUGUACAUUGAGUUCUAGACAUGUGUAAAUUGUGUAAAUGUGACCCAUUAUUUUUGUGUAACAAAUUGUGCUUGUGACAAUAAAUUCUUAUUGGUUACAUGGCGUCCAUCUGAAGCGGGUUACAUUAAGAUUUUACCAACAGAAAAUACGAUCAUCGUCUAAAAUGUGAUAUUUUCUUACUAAUUUAAAUAACUAACAAUGCUAUGUAGUUAACAUUAACUCUACCUUUACCAACUACAACAGUACAAGUCUUCCUUCACCUUAAUGUAUCAGUAAUAAUAGUAUCUCAUGACAUGUGUAACAUGAACAGGAGCCCUUUAUCUGUAUUUUAACCCAUAAGAACCCAUGGUGACAUGGUUGUAACAAACACUAAAUCUUCUAGAAUCUCCCAUAUUCAGCUUUAUGCUUCACAUUAACUCAUUAAAUCCCUUAUCGACGUAUACUCAACUCCCUGGUGUGGUGGUCACGUGACUGUGACAAGAAGUGACUUCUUCAAAAUGUUGCUGUGACUGGAAACAGAAAUGUGAAAAAUUAGCUCAUUUCAAAAAGCUUAUUUUUUGUUACGGGGCUAAGUUUAAACCCAUUUAACAAUUCUAAUCUGUUAAUAGGGUGUCCUUUAUUACAUUCAACUUGUUCUGACCAGAUUUCCUGAACAAAUUAAAGUCACAAUUUUGAUAUAUGUUAUGGAGAUGCAAAAAAAGGGCAAAUGUUAUUUGUUUUUAUUUAUUAUUGAUUUAUACUUAUUCUGUUACUUAAAAACAAAAAUAAUUUGGUAUGAGCACUAAUAAUGUCACAAUUUUGAUAAAUGUUGUGGAGAUGUAUAUUUGUGUUUCUGUGAGCAGAAAAUGUGUCUAGUUUUUUUUUUUUUUUUAAAUAAGAAAUAUCAUAAACAUAAAUACCAUAAACGCCCAAUGUAACGUAUAUGUCACAUCACAGAUCUUUGACAUUUAGGGGUAGAAUUUUUUUUUAAAAACAUAAAUGUGUUCUAUGUGGUCCACUUGGUCUGUUGUAUAACCCCAUAAUUUUCCUUUAAGGAUAACUGGGUCUGGGUUCUUAUGGGUUAAGAUUGUUAUACCUUUUAAGAAAGCAUACACUGUCACUCAGAACACAAAGGACAGUAAUGUAAACAAAAAC